CUGGGCCAGAUGGAUUUGCCCAAGUAUCUUCCGUUUACCCCCCAGCCUUUGGGUUGGUCUUUUCAGUCAUACAACCUGCUGACGUUAGUUCUCAGCUCUAUAUUUAUUAUCUGCCUUUUUGUCAUGUACUCUAUAUCCCGCACUGUUUCGAUUUUGCCUCAAGCUUACCGCAUGGUGACUCUGGAGAAGCGCAGGAUGCACUGUUUUGACGUGGACAUCACGUCGGGGAGACAGGCCCAUAAGGUUCGCAUGCUCUACAUCUGGAUGUUGAGGGCCGCUAUUCUUGUUAUGUUUUGCUUUGUUUGGCAGUACUGCGUGCUGAAUUACAAAGCCAUAGACUUCUCGCACCCCCGUGGGCCCCUUCAGCUGUAUCUACACUGUGUGCUGUGGGAGAGCGACUGUUUCGGCCUCAAACACCACCAUUCAUUCUUUGAUUUUUAUGCUAAUCCCACCAACGUCUGCACUACCUUCAAGGAGAUUGCAAGCAACCGGAUAGACGAGGUGGCGGAUCAGAUCCUGGACCAGCACCGAUAUCUGCUGUGUGUACAUUUUGUUUCCCCUGAUGCCAUGGUGUAUACUUCUGGGGUGGCUAUAGCCUUCGCACUGGGGUAUUUGAUCCUCACAGGGUUCGAGAUCCUCGUGUGGCUUUUGUACAGAAGUACUGACCGUUGGUUGCCUAUUUUAAUCUUUACUGUGGGGAUAGCCGUCUUUACCCUAUGGAUAGGCAGUCUCUUCGUACCCAAACUCUUCACUUUUUUCGGAUGCUGGAUUAGCUUUGUUAUGGUACUUACUGUACCUUGGAUCCUCUGGCUUGCGCUGGCUGCGGCAUACAACCUAAGGAAGCUGCAGCAUCAGAAAUGGGCCCUAUGGCAGGAGCAAGCCAACCGACCCCUCGCUCAGCUGGGAGAAAAAAUGCGGAGGGGCAGUGAUCCGUUUGUCGAGACACGGGCUGCGGCUCUUAGGGUGGUUCAGGGUGUGCGAGAAGAGUCAGGAAUUUCAGACUUAGAUGAGGAUAUGGACGAAGUGGCUGCUCUAAAAGCCUUAGAUAUCUGCGAGGAGGGCACGGAGCCAAAGGGCAAAAGGAAAGUUGACGGCCAUUUCGAACAUACAAAUAUGAAGGAAACGCUGCAAGGGGUGAAGCUUGGCCUCGUCAAGAAAGGGGAGAUCACCUUAGUGCAACACGCGGGGGGUCGCACGCAGCCACAGGUGCAGCCGCAAGCAUUGGCAGAACAACGGCAUAUAAUUGCAUCUUCAGUAGAAGGCUCAACGGGUUAA